AUGAACUCUCACUUUCCAAAUUCAAGUUCUUCAACAGAGAAACAAUGGGGAGAGAAAGUAUCAGAGAAAGUAAUAUCAGCAUACAAAUCUCUCCCCAAAAAAGGAAAGCCUCAAGGUCGCGAAGUCACCGUCUUAGCUUCAUUUCUCCUUUCCUCUCCUUCUCAAGAGUUGGAAGUUGUUGCGUUGGGGACUGGUACGAAAUGCGUUGGACGUUCACUGCUGAGUAACCGUGGUGAUAUUGUUAAUGAUUCCCAUGCUGAAAUUAUUGCUAGAAGAGCGUUAAUCAGGUUUUUCUAUGCGGAGAUUCUACACGUUAUUCCUGAUUUAUAUGAGAAUGAAUGUAAUAAUGGAAGCAAAGAAGUGAAAAUUGGUGAUGCUAGUAACGUGAUUUUUGAACUGGAACUGGAUGGUUGUAGCGAAGGGAAGUUUAAGUUGAGAGAGGGCUGGCAAUUGCAUCUGUACAUAUCACAGUUGCCAUGUGGGGAUGCUUCUGCAAGUUCACCAUUGUCUCCUGUGAGAAAUGUUUUCCUAAGAGAAGGGGAUUUGCCACCAUCUCUAUGCGAGAAUGGUUCUACGGGUGAUCUUUUGGAGGUGACAAAAGAGAAUAACGGUGGAUUUUCAACUGAUGGUUCACAAGUAAGUGGCAUGGUUCAGAGAAAACCUGGUCGUGGUGAUACAACAUUGUCAGUUAGCUGCUCUGAUAAAAUAGCUCGGUGGAAUGUUCUUGGAGUUCAAGGAGCUUUGCUUUCCUACUUUCUUCAACCUGUUUACCUUUCUUCAAUUACUAUUGGACAAUCGUCUAAUAGUCCCGAGAAUUUUUCUUUGGAAGGUCACUUGAAAAGAGCCUUGUAUGAUCGAAUCUUACCAUUGUCAGAUGAACUAGUUGCUCCUUUCCACGUACACAAGCCACUUUUUUGUGCAGCUCCUGUGCCGCCCAUGGAAUUUCAGCAUGCUGACACUGCUCUAGCAACUUUAACAUGCGGGUAUUCCAUAUGUUGGAACAAGUGUGGCAUGCAUGAAGUCAUCCUUGGGACCACUGGAAGAAAGCAAGGCACUUCUGCUAAAGGGGCACUUUCUCCAGCUACCAUGUCCUCUAUAUGCAAAAAGCGGUUAUUGGAGAUUUUCUUGACAUUAAAUCAGGAGUUUCAGAUUAAAUGCCCUGCCAUGGAUAUUUCUUAUCGAGAGCUCAAGAACAAUGCUCAAGUGUACAGUUUAACUUCAAAAUCUUUUAAAGAAAGUGCGCCUUUUAACAAUUGGCCAUUGAAACCCUUGGACUUUGAGGCCUUCUCCAUUUUGAGGGAGUGA